CUACUACUCUUUCUUUGGACUUGUAUGCGAAAAAGGGUCUUCCUUGCGGGCAAACCCAAUAAAGAGAAUCGUCCAAAAAAAAAAAAAAAAAGAGUAGCUUGGCGGAUCAAUCUCUUUCUGCUGCCAUCUUAUUUAGUGGAAGUGAGUCAAAUCUUCUUCUUCUUGGGAUCUCUCUGCUCUGAACGAUCAAGAGCAUUUUUUUUAAUCUUACCCUUUGAAGGACCACAUUGAAGGGUCUGGUGACAGGGGCAAUGAUUGGCUCUGGUACUGUGUACAGUGUCUUGUCCAGAGAUGCGUGUUUAUGGUCGCAGACAGCAGACAGCAGACAGCAAACAGCAGACCCAAACUAUUGUACAUCUUGCACCUUCUCUACUCCGCCAAUCGUCACCUCUCAAACCUGAUCUGGUCUCCUCUUACCCAAGUCCUAUCAACUAAACCUUAAUUCCAGGGUUCAAGGAUACUGACGCAUUAAUCUGCCUUUCUUCUGGCAAUAUUGCUUUGGGCAGAGUACUGCAUUAAUUGGUGUUAGAAUUGUAGAUGGAAAUCGUCAACCAUAGAAUUGCAUCAUCAACUAUGGAUGUUGCGGUUCGGAUUGCCUUAUGCAAGAAGAAGGCUGAUGAACCAAAUCUUACUCAAUCUGAUCUUCUGAAAUGGCUUCAAGAUGUUUACAAUAUAAAGGUGACCCAAAGUACAAUUUCCAAUACUCUUAAAAAAUCAAGGGAGCUUUUAGACAAAGACAUUGGUCGUCCAUGUCCAACUAUGGAUUACAGGAUUCGGAUCGCCUUGUGCAAGAAGAAAGCUGAAGAACCGAAUCUUACCCAACAUGACCUUCUUAAGUGGCUCCAUGAAGUGUACAAUAUCAAGGUCACCCAAGGUACAAUUUCUAAUACUCUUAAGAGGUCAAAAGAGCUUUUAGAGCAAGAAAAUCAUCCCCCAAACCUUAAUGUUAAACGUCAGAAAGCUGUUAAGUAUCCAAUGAUGAAGCAAGCACUUUAUGAAUGGUUUGUUUCUUAUGAGAAUGAAGUUGACUUAAAUGGGGAAUUGAUUAAACAGAAAGCAAAGGAUUUCUUAUUUAAGUUUUAUCCAGAUGCUAAGGCUUUUGAAUUUUCUAAUGGAUGGCUUCAAAGCUUCAAGAAACGUCAUGGAAUUAAAUUGUUUCGGAAGCGCAAGGAAAGGGGAUCCCUUGAUAUGGUGCAACUUGAAACAGAGCUUCCUCGUAUCCAUGAAGUGCUUGAUCAGUACAAUUGGGAUGACAUUUAUAAUAUGGAUCAGACUGGAUUAUUUUACCGCAUGCAGGCAGACAGUCUUUUAGCCACUAAACAACUCGAGGGCAGAAAAGCAAUCAGGGAACGUAUCACAGUUGUUGCAUGCUGAAAUGGCGAUGGUUCCACUAGGUUGCCUUUAUGGGUGAUUGGGAAGUUCUUAAGUCCACGCUGUUUAAAUAAUGUAAAUCUUGAGAAUCUUGGGUGUAUGUAUCGUGCAAAUACCAAGGCAUCAAUGACAGUUGCCCUAUUCAUUGAGUGGCUGAAAUGGUUUGACAGUCAAAUGCAUGGAAGAAAUGUUCUCCUCAUUUUGGACACUUGCAGUACUCUCGUACCUUUGAGAGACAUUCCACAACUAGAGAACACUCAUGUUUUCUGCCUUCCAGCUAACACCACUUCAAAAAUUCAGCCUCUAGAUGUUGGGAUUAUCAAGAGCUUGAAAGCUUGCUAUUGACGGCGUUUCAACCAAACACUUCUUCGUGCAUUGAAAAGUGGUGUGGUCCAUACUACUGUUCGACCGAUCAAUAUUCUUGAAGGUAUUGGGAUGUUAGUUGAAGCAUGGGAGAAAGAUGUCAAGCAUUCAAUACUAGUAAAUUGUUUUCAUUACUGCAAAAUUAAGUCCAUGUCUCUUCAAGUGGAUGUAACUGAAGAAAUGUUAGAAGAUUUGGAAGUAAUGUCUGAAUUAAUGGAGCAAGUCCGUCAACUACCUUACUCUAACCCCAUGGAUAUCAAGGAUUUUAUUAAUUAUCCUAGAGAGAGUGAUGUAGCAUAUUUUCCAACAGAGCUAGAAAUAGUUCAGGCAAUUGGAUCACAUAAUGGGGAGAUUGAAAUCCAAAAGGCUGCCAGCUCUGAGGAUCAUGAAGAUGAUAGUGAAGAACUUCCUGAUCUAAAGCCAGAUGAAGUAACUAACAUGCUUAGUCUUUGUGAGGGCUUCCUUUUGCAGCAAAUGAAAAACCAACAGGAAAAUAUUAAAAUGAUUCGUGAGUUGAUAUUUAAUGUACAGCAUCUCCAAUAGAGGGUUUCGACCCACUCGUGUAGUGUAAAUUUGAGGUUAGAUGUGCAAUGCAAUUAAACUGUUAGAAGUAUGAAUUUGUGCUUCAGAUCGCUUAUUAGGGGAAAAAAAAAGUUCACUAAAUAUCGAUACACAGUUUUCUUAGUCUUGCAUCUUUGCCUCGGCAUGAAUAUCAUAUCUCUUACUUUACCUAGGUCAUGAGCUUUGAGUUAAAUUACAGUUAAUACUAGUGUAUACGUUUUUGUUGUAUCAGUAUGUGUAAAGAUAAAUUCUUGAUGACUAUUACAUGUACAUAUGUUUUCCUAUGGUGUAUCCUGUGUAUGUGAACAUAAUUCAUGAUCAAGUUGUAAAUA